AUGACAACAGCGUCAUCAAAUAUCACUGCCAAAGAUACCAACAACAAAUAUAAUUUAUCAGUUGUUUCCGGUGGUAGGUUAACUUUAUCCCGUGCUCAAUUUAACUGUUCCUAUAACCAUGUUUCAUAUCUAACCAGUGAUUCCAAACAUUAUAUUGUUCCCUUUAAUAAUAUGAUCAAGAUUUAUUCUAUGGAAACCAGACAAUGUGUUAAGACCUUUAAAUAUUUGAAUAACCCAGUUUUAUCUGAAUUAGUAUCAUCAUCUUCUUCUAAUAGGGUUGAAAUUAUUGAUAUUGAUUUUGAAAGAGAAAAUGAUAACAUUGUAUUUUAUACUUCUACUUUUAAAAAAAUUGUGAUGCAAUAUACAAAAAAAAAAUCUCCGAAACAGGAAAUUUCGGAUAAUUUAGUCGUUGAUUAUUCUAAUAAGUUUGAUACAAACGUUUCUACUUUAGUUAAAGUUUUUAAUAACAAUAACAGUGGUCUUUUGUUCUUGGUUCAUGAAAAAGAUACUACUGUUAAGAAAGGCGGAAACGGCUUUUUAAAUGUUUACAAGUUGGAUAAUAAUAAUAAUAAUGGCACGAAUGAAUCGCAUAUUAGUAUUAAAAAAUGGAAUGAGGGUGAAGUCAUACUAAAUACUUGGUCUAAUAAUGAACAGUAUUUAUUAGUAUUGACUAAAACAUCAUGCUCCUCCCCAGAUAAUAAUAAAAAACUGUUGCACAUUUAUAAUUUACAUGACGUAGAGGCUGCAGAAUUGGUAAUUAAAGUUCCAGAAACCAAAGUAUCUCAAUCAUCUAAUGCACAUUAUAUCACCACAAUGGCGAUCAAUAACACUGCUUCUCAAAUUGCGCUAGGCUAUGCCUCUGGUGUAAUUACAUUGAUAACUUUAAACAAUAAAUCAAAUAUUGGGGAGGAAAUUGAUAAUUUACAAAUAAGAACUUUGAAAUGGCACAUAGACUCGGUUUUAACAUUGAAUUUUGAUAACAGUGGGAGUUACUUAUUAUCCGGUGGUUGGGAGAAGGUUUUAACUUUUUGGUUACUAUCUGAUACCAAUGUUCAACAAUUUUUGCCUCGUUUAAAUGGUGUUAUAAUAAGUGUUACCAGCUUAAGUACCCAUAUAAAUGAUAAUAGUGGUGACGGUAAGUAUAUUUCCUUGUUAUUACAACAUGCUGACAAUAAAACUAACUCGGAUUAUGAGUUGUUGGUGAUCAAUUCUACCGAUUUCCAAAGUAAACUAUGCUGCAAUGGUCCCUUAACAAAUUUUGAAAGCGAAUUGCCGAUCAAAUCAAGUAAUUAUCAACCAAUUUCUAUUGUUAGUAACCAUAAUUCCAAUAAUGAAAUCUUCAAAAAAAUUCUAAGAAAGUCAGUGAAAAAUAAAAGACAAGAUUAUACCGCAUUACCCUUCACAGUUUCGCCUAAGUUUAAAAAUUUAAUUUAUUUCCCACAUAAUUCUGGGGUCUGCAUAUAUGAUUUUUAUAAAAAUGAACAACUCAAAUAUCAAUAUCUAUCUACCAAUGUUAGUAGUUUUAUGGGUAAAGUUCGUUUAGAACAUGAGAAUAUUUCGGAUCCACAAAUUCUUAAAAUUGACUUCACUUUGAAUGGAGAAUGGAUGGUUACUUAUGAAGUUGAAAAACAACCCAAUGGAUUGUUAUCUAGUAAUGAUAGUUCUCAUAUUUUAAAAUUUUGGAACUUUGACACAGAUUCACAAAACUGGAAUUUACAAACAAAAAUUAUAAAUCCACAUGGUACGAACAUUCCAAUAACUGACAUAUGCCCUGCUCCGGUGAGUAUUCUAAAUUCCAAUGCAAUAUUAACUAGUGACAACAAUGGCGGUUUGAAGUUAUGGGGGUGUUUAUUGAAAGAAAACACUACGGCUAGUGCUAACAGCAAUUGGGGCUUAAUUGAUAUGAAAUUGCCCAACUUUAAUAAUUUUAGCAAUAAUGUUAAUUUAGAAUGGUCUGGUGAUGGUAGUUUAAUAUUCCAUUCUUUUGAUGAUGUUUUAACCAUAUUGGAUGGCAGGAAGCUGACUCCAUUGGAGAACGAGAGUAAAUUGCAGUUGGAUUCUGCCAUUCAAUCAUUACACUUAGUUGAUGAAGAACAUUUGUUUAUUGUUACUACCACUUGUUUAACGGUUUACAAUCUAUUGCUUGGUGAUUUUACUAAAGGGUUUGACCUAUAUCCAUAUGUGAAUGGUAUUUAUAAAACAGGUGAUUUAAGAAGACUAAUAGCUGUAGAUUAUAAAAGGGGGAAUAUUGCUAUUGUAGUUAACCAGAAGGACCCAGAUUUUUGCGAUAAAUUCGAUGUCAGUUAUAAAGCUCAUGUGGUUAUAUUUAAUAAUAAUUUAACUUGUAAAUUGGGUACUUUUACCUACAACGAUUAUAUCACUGGUAUUGUAUGGAACAAAGAUUCUGAUUUCUAUUUUAUGGACAUGAAUUCUAGAUUAGGAGUUGUAAGUACAACAAUAACAAAUGAAUUAUUUGAUGUUGCUACUGACAACAAUAACACCGAUUUCAAACUAGAACUAAAUUCUUUAUCUGCAAGAAAAUUAAACACUUCUAAUACUGACGGUCAAUCUCAUGAUGAAGAUGAAGAAGCCAAUAUUAUUAAUGGAGAAAAAAAGCAUAAAAUCAUUAGAAAUAAUACCUUUAUGAAUCUAUUUGAUAAUAUUGAUAAUGUUCAAAUGGAAACUUUAUUUGACAGUGUGUUGAGGACAAUAUCUUAA